CCUUUAUUAUUAAAGAUUUUUCUGAAUAAUUUAUCCUCGAAAGAAUCUAAUUUGAAAUUUAUAUUUAAUAUGUUGGAUUGAGUGAUGUGCAGGUGGUCACCGUCCGCAAGGUUUCACAGCAAAAACGGUAAAAGAAAAAUGGCCGAUUCGGAGGGAAUCACCAAGCACCACGCCCUCUUCGUGACCGUGCCCUUCCAAGGCCACUUCACGCCGGCCGCCAACUUCGCUGUCAAGCUCGCCGCCAGGGGCUUCAUCGUCACCUUCGUCACCACUGAGGGGUUCCACCACCAGCGCGCCGCAUCCGGUGCCGUGUCCGUUGACGGCCACGAGGUCUUCGCCGACGCCCGCUCGAUGGGCAUGGACAUCCGCUCCGAGCUCGUGAGCGACGGCCUGCCCGUGUCCUUCGAUAGGACCUUGCAUCGGGAUCAAUUCUCCGAUGCCUUCUACCACCUGCUCCCCUCCCAUGUCGAAGAGCUGAUGCGGAAGCUCCUGCUCGCGGAGCCCCCUAUCGACGUCCUCAUCUCCGACACCUUCAACGUGUGGCCUUCGACCUUGGCCAAGAAGUUUGGGCUGCCUUAUGUCUCCUUCUGGACCGAGGCGGCGCUUGUCUUCGCCAUCUACUACCACGUGCACCUCCUCGUCGAAUAUGGCCACUUUGGUUCUCCUACAGAGACUCGCAAGGAUGCCAUCAUGUACAUACCCGGCGUGCCGUCCAUCGAGCCGACGGACCUCGUGUCGUUCUUUCACUCGCCGGAGGCGUCAUGGCGGGUGCUCAGGAACGUCGGUAAGGCAUUCGAGGAGGCCAAGGGGGCCGACUUCGUGCUGUGCAACACGGUGCAGGAGCUCGAAGCAGAGGUCAUCGGGGCGCUGCAGCAGGAGCGGCCAUUUUACGCCGUAGGGCCCAUCGUUCCUGCCUCCGGCGAAGGCGGGGCAGCGACCAGCCUAUGGCCCGAGCUGGAUUGCUCGCAGUGGCUCCACUCCAUGCCACCGCGCUCCGUGCUCUAUAUUUCGUUCGGAAGCAUCGCCCGGGUUAGCAAGAGGGACAUGGACGAGAUCGCCUACGGAGUCCUCGGCAGCAAAUUCAGCUUCAUAUGGGUGAUUCGGCCAGGAAGCGGAAGCUCGGAGGCCAGCCCACUUCCCGAGGGGUUCAUCGAUGCAUGCAAAGGGAGGGGGAUGGUGGUGCCGUGGUGCCGUCAGAAGCAAGUCCUGCUGCACCCGGCGGUGGGCGGAUUCCUGACGCACUGCGGGUGGAACUCGAUCCUGGAGAGCAUGUGGUGCGGGGUGCCGAUGCUGUGCUUCCCGGUGAGAGCGGACCAGCCAACGAACCGGAAGCUGGUGGUGGAGGACCUGAGGAUAGGGAUCGACGUCGGAAGCAUCGGUGAGGUGAGGGGAGCGGAAGUGUCGAGGAGAAUCGACAGCCUGAUGGGAGAAGUAGGCGGUGCGCUGAGGAAGGAGAUGGAGGGAGCUCAGAAGGCGGUCAAGAGUGCGGUGACUCCGACUGGUUCGUCAAGCAAGAACUUGGAGCAGUUUACUGCGGAUCUGCUGAAACAUCUGUCGGAUAAGAAGCGAGAGCGAUGAUGGUGU